AGAAACACUUGUCAAGACUGAGGAUGGGGUUUCUGGACGUGAACAGCUCUUGGCUCAGCAAAGAAUGCACAGUAUGAUCAGCUCAGUGGAUGUAAAGUCAGAGGUGCCUGUGGGAUUGGAGCCUAUCACACCAUUAGACUUGCGAACUGAUCUCAGGAUGAUGGUUCCCAUGGUGGACCCAAUUAUGCGUGAAAAGCAGCUACAACAAGAGCUACUUUUGAUCCAGCAGCAGCAGCAAAUUCAGAAACAGUUGCUGAUUGCAGAGUUUCAGAAACAGCAUGAAAAACUGACCCGGCAACACCAGGCUCAGCUCCAGGAGCACAUAAAGUUACAACAGGAACUCCUAGCCAUUAAACAACAACAAGAACUCAUUGAAAAAGAGCAGAAAUUGGAGCAACAGAGACAAGAACAGGAAUUGGAGAGGCAUCGAAGGGAACAGCAGCUUCCUCCUCUCAGAGGCAAAGAAAGAGGUCGAGAAAGGGCAGUGGCUAGUACAGAAGUAAAGCAAAAACUUCAGGAGUUCCUUUUGAGUAAAUCAGCAACAAAAGACUCUCCAGCUAAUGGGAAGAAUCAUUCCAUGAGCCGCCACCCCAAGCUCUGGUACACGGCUGCUCACCAUACCUCACUGGAUCAAAGCUCUCCACCCCUGAGUGGGGCCUCUCCACCAUACAAAUACACUUUACCAGGAGCACAGGACGCCAAGGAUGAUUUUCCACUUAGAAAAACGGCCUCAGAGCCCAACUUGAAGGUGCGUUCCAGAUUAAAACAGAAGGUGACAGAAAGGAGAAGUAGCCCCUUACUGAGGAGGAAGGAUGGAAAUGUUGUCAGCUCAUUCAAGAAGAGACUGUUUGAGGUGACAGAGUCCUCAGUCAGUAGCGGUUCUCCAGGAUCAGGUCCAAGCUCACCAAGCAAUGGCCCUACUGGAAGUGUAAUGGAAAAUGAAACAUCAGUUUUGCCACCUAAUUCUCAAGCUGAGCCUCUGGUUUCACAACAACACAUUCUGAUUGGUGAGGAAUCAAUGAAUCUGUUGAGCCUGUACACAUCCCCAUCUCUGCCCAACAUUACCUUGGGACUUCCAGCAGUACAAUCCCAUAUCAGUGCUUCAUCUUCACUCAAAGAAAAACAGAAGUGUGAGACACAGACACUCAGGCAGGGAGUGACUCUGCCUGCACAGUACGGAGGAAGCAUCCCUCCAUCUUCAGCUCAUCCUCAUGUUGCUCUAGAGGGAAAGCCUAACAGCAGCCACCAGGCUCUCCUGCAACAUUUGUUAUUGAAAGAACAAAUGAGACAACAGAAGCUUCUUGUGACUGGAGGGGUUCCUCUCCAUCCACAGUCUCCUUUAGCAACAAAGGAGAGAGUCUCACCCGGUACAAGGGCUGCCCACAAGUUGCCUCGUCAUAGACCGCUGAAUCGAACCCAGUCAGCUCCUCUGCCUCAAAGUACAUUGGCCCAGCUGGUCAUUCAGCAGCAGCACCAGCAGUUUUUGGAGAAGCAAAAACAGUACCAGCAGCAGAUCCACAUGAAUAAAAUGCUCUCUAAAUCAAUUGAACAGCUAAAGCAGCCUGGCAGUCAACUAGAAGAAGCUGAAGAGGAGCUUCAUGGAGAUCCUGUAAUGCAGGAAGAAAGAGCUCCCUCUAGUGGUAACAGCAUUAGGGAUGACAGCAGCAGUAUUUGUGUGGAUGACAGAAUAGGACAGCAGGUGGGGGCUGUGAAAGUGAAAGAAGAACCACUGGACAGUGAUGACGAUAUUCAAACCCAGCAAAUGGAAUCUGGGGAGCAAGCUGCUUUUAUGCAACAGCAGCUCCUGGAGCAUCAGCGUAUCCACCAGUUGCAAAUGUACCAGGCUCAGAUGGCUACAGUUGGCAUGACAGGAUUAGAUAAACAUCGGCCUGUUUCCAGGACCCAGUCUUCCCCUGCUGCUUCCACAUUACCUCACCCAGCAAUGGACCAGCCCAUCCAGCAUGUCUACAUGACUGGUGUUGUGUAUGACAGUCUAAUGCUGAAGCACCAGUGCAUGUGCGGCAACUAUGCCAGUCACCCUGAGCAUGCUGGAAGAAUACAAAGCAUCUGGUCAAGGCUGCAAGAAACUGGGCUGCUAAACAAGUGUGAGCGCAUUCGAGGUCGAAAAGCCAGUCUGGAGGAAAUACAGCUGGUUCACUCUGAACAUCAUUCACUGCUGUAUGGCACCAGCCCUCUGAACAGACAGAAGCUGGACCCCAGGAAACUCCUAGGCAACGUGUCUCAAAAGCUCUUUUCAUUGUUGCCUUGCGGAGGACUUGGGGUGGACAGUGACACCAUUUGGAAUGAGCUGCAUUCGUCCGGCGCUGCACGCAUGGCUGUUGGCUGUGUCAUCGAACUGGCUUCCAAAGUGGCCUCAGGAGAGCUGAAGAAUGGCUUUGCUGUUGUAAGGCCCCCAGGCCAUCAUGCUGAAGAAUCAACAGCCAUGGGGUUCUGCUUUUUUAAUUCAGUUGCAAUUACUGCCAAAUACUUGAGAGACAAGCUAAAUAUAGGCAAGAUAUUGAUUGUAGAUCUGGAUGUUCACCAUGGCAACGGUACACAGCAGGCUUUUUAUGCUGACCCCAGCAUCCUGUAUGUUUCCCUCCAUCGCUAUGAUGAAGGCAACUUCUUUCCCGGCAGUGGAGCCCCAAAUGAGGUUGGAAGUGGCCUUGGUGAAGGGUAUAAUAUAAAUAUUGCUUGGACAGGUGGCUUGGAUCCCCCCAUGGGAGAUGUAGAAUACCUUACAGCAUUCAGGACUGUGAUUAUGCCAAUUGCCAGUGAGUUUGACCCAGACAUUGUCUUAGUAUCAGCUGGAUUCGACGCUGUGGAAGGCCAUGAACCUCCACUAGGCGGGUAUAAAGUCACUGCUAAAUGUUUUGGUCACCUAACAAAGCAGUUGCUGAAGCUAGCGGAUGGUCGUGUGGUGCUGGCACUGGAGGGAGGACAUGACCUUACUGCCAUCUGCGAUGCAUCUGAAGCCUGUAUAAACGCCCUUUUAGGAAAUGAGCUGGAGCCUCUGCCGGAAGAUAUUCUGCACCAAACACCCAAUCUGAAUGCAAUAGCUUCUUUACAAAAGGCCAGUCAAAUUCAAAGCAAGUACUGGAAGUCAGUGGAGCCGUAUGUUGUGCCUGUGGACUGUGCUUUGGCUGAAACUCAGAAACAAGAGAGAGAGGAGACAGAAACUGUUUCUGCUCUGGCCUCACUCUCAGUGGAUGUUGAACAGUGUUUUCCUCAGGAAGAGAGCAGAGCUGCUGGCGAUCCCAUGGAAGAAGAGCCAGCCUUGUGAAGUGCCAAGUCCUCCCUGAUAUUUCCUGUGUGUGACAUCAUUGUGUAUCCCCCCAAAGCACCCUCAGACAUGUCUUGUCUGCUGCUUGGGUGGCACAGAUCAGAUGGAACGUAAACACCGGGCACAAAACUCCGAACAGCAGCUUCACUUGUUCUUUGGAUGGACUUAAAAGAGCCCCAAAGAUUCCUUAAAUGUAACCACUACAAUUCUAAAGUUACAGUAAACCAGGCUUGGGAGAAGGAGCCUAGAGCAUGCUUUUAAUAUGCUAUGUGACCCGCUCACUGACAUAAAUUGUGGAAUAGAAAAUGUUACAAUAUUCUACAUGCCAGAUUAUUGAUAGCCACAAGAAUUGCAACAGCCAGCAAAAUUUUGGGCAAUCUCCAUGCAUCAUUCUUUCUGAAACACCUUUAUGGGGGUACUUUUUUUUCUCAAUAUGUUAAAUUGUUAAUAUAAUUUGUUUUCAAGGAUCAGUAAAAUGCAUUUAUGGCUAUAGUUCAUAUGCCGUGCCAUUAAAAAAAAAAAAGCUAUACUAAAUCCUUGCUUGGAGCAAUUAAAGAUGUUUAAGAUGAGAGAAUUUUCAUUACAAAGAAAAUUGUACUUUACUUCCUGUACUUUAAAACCUCCAAAGUACUGAGCUUAGUGGUGCUUUAUUUUAUCCUUUUUUUUUGUAGAAAGAUACCCCUGUUUAAUGUAUUAUUUUGUAUCAACAGCAACACAGUCAAGAUCCUCUGAAGUGAGCAAUUGUCUGCCUUUUUAAAAACUGCUGCACUCUGUGUAGUUGACAGUAGCUCUCAGCAUAUGUGCAGCAAAGACUCUGAAAAAAUGGAUGACUUUUCAAAUGUGUUUUUAGUUUGUUCUGAAAUGUUUCUGCGUUCUGACUUGAAGAAGAGAACACUCAAGUAUCUGUGUGCAGCUCAUUUGAAGCUCAGGUGUUUCUGCAGUGGUACGGUAGUAUGUUGGGAGUAUAUUUUAUAGGUCAUCAUAUGAAUGCAAAUUUCUUUUUUGUUGUACAGACCCACAGGAUUUGGUUUGCUGAAAAUGUUCCAAAGGGUUCAAUUUCUAUUUUAGAUCCUUCAAAUGUAACAAGGUUUUCUUGAAAAAUGACAUUAUAGCUAUUUAAAGUAAUAGUUCCAAAUGUAAGGUGGAGUUGUGCCUUUAGCUGAUAAUGAAUGCUUAAACUAUUACACAUGUUGCCUUACUGUCAGAGAAAGGAAUAGGGAGAAAGACAUUUAUUUAGAGUACUUUAAAUGAACUCAAAUUGUGAUAUAGCCAGGAUUUUUUUGGUUGGUUGGUUGGGUUUUGUUUACAGUUUUCCCAUGUAAUGAACCCUGGGAGGUGUGUUACCUACAUUAAAGUGCAGUACAGUAUUUGAUAGCUGGCCUAGCUUUUGAAAGCAAGGAUGUUCAUUUUUUUUAUAUAUUUUCCAAACUUAAAGGGAUAUAUUAAAGCCAUAAGUGAAGACUGUCAUGCUUUUUAUUCAGAAAUCUGAAAGAAACCUUAAUUAAAACAAGAUUUUGGGGAAGGCCAUGAUAUGAAAGAUAUGGAACAAUAUGGUUUUAGUUAUAAGGGGACUCAAACCUGUAAAUCAAAGAUGAAAGAUUUCACUCAAAUAGAAUUAUAUAAUUCUCUUUUGUUAUGCAGUCAGACUAGAUUUUUCAUGCAUUUGGGUUUGUUUAUGAUUACCAUUUUAAUUUUAAAGACUUUUAUGACUUACACAGAAACUCCCUAGUACAGCUUAGAACUUUGAGGCAGUCUUUGAAAUAGGAAAUCUGAAAAGGAAUGUAAUUUCCCAUACCAUGAAGUAGGCUUUUAUUUUGAAAGGAUUCUAUUAAAUGGAGAUAGACUGUCUGUUUAAAAAAUAAAAUAAAAUUCUACCCACAUUUUAUGAAGCAAAUCAUGUCUGCUCAGCUAAUGCAAAUAGUUCUAACGGGCUAAAUUCAUUCCUGGUGUAGCUCCCCACAGUGGAAUUAUGCCAAAGCUAAUGUGGUCCACUGACUUCAAGGGGGCUACUUGCAUAAAGAAGGCAAAUAAUUUUUGAUUCUGUACUUUCUCAGGACCUCACAAUGGCAUUUUUACUUGUCACUUACUGCAGUUUUCUGGCCAUAAUCAAAGAAAUAUUGCUUCUAGGAAACCAAGGUCUUCAGCUGUCAGUUGGGUAAUUUUAAAAGUUUUUCAUUGUAUGAAAUAAUGUAUUAUAAUAUUUUAAUUAGAUACACAGUCAGGGAGCUUAAAAAUGAUCUCACUAAUGCAAAAUCAGUGUGUCUUUUUCUAACCUAUAUAAAAAUGAGUAUGAGUUGAAAUUUGAAAACUGAUUGAAUUUUACUAAUUUAAUUCUGUAUUUAAGGGGGGGUAAUGCUCAUGCAUCAUCUAAGUCAGUCUUCUGUUACUGGAUUUGGUUACUCCAAGAGAAUUUGGAAUAACUCACAUUAUAAAGUCAGUCGCUUUCAUGCAUUUGCACAGAUACACAUCCCUGUAGGAGACUGUAAACAGUUGGAUAUAGUUAGAGUCAUUUAGAUAAACAAACGGGCAGAGAAAUUGCACGUGAGAUUGUGUGCCUGCUCUUGUUGCCUCUGAAGUCAAGAGCAAAAUUCUCAUUGAGUCAAUGAAUAGGGCCCUAUAUUUUAAGUUCAGAGUACCAUUAUUUUUUUACUAUAUCAUUAAAAGAUGCAACAGGACUCUUUAGGAAGUGACUAAGGGUGAUAGGGAGAAUAUCAGGACUUCCUCUUAACCAGGGAUUUUUUGAGAGGGCAGGUUCAGUUGCUACUGCUUUCUUCUCAAUUUUUUUUUUUAAUUUCCAACAAUAGCUCCCUGAUUGCUCUUAGAAUCUCUCCCAUUGCAGCACUGAUUUAUCUGGUGGUCAAUAACCCGUACAUAUCCUUAUAAAUGUUUGACUACAGCUAAGACAAUUUCUUAAUAUCCAAGUUCAGACAUGUAGGAACUUAUUUCAGAGGAACAGCUGAUUCUUCCUUUGGACUUCAGCUGGACUUAGAUGUGAUCUGAACCUCUCCAAAUCUGGUUCAGGUAUCUCAAUUUGUCCAUUAAAAAAUUAAGACACUUAAAUUAGGCUGAUUUUGAAGAACUGGGAUUAAAUAGCUACACAAUGGAACAUGAACAUAAACAUAAUAAGCAGGUUUGGGGUAGAAUCACAGGUUCCUCAGCUCAUCCCCAGCCAGCCAUUCCUGUUGGCAGCAAAUUCUUGCUUCAGAUGGGAGGGUUGGUAGAAAAUACAGAUUAGAAAUUCCAGCUUUGAAAAACAUAUAGAGAGACUAUCAGGGAGCAUGCACAUAAGCUUGUCUUUCUCCAUUAAAUGCUUCCGUCUGGAGUGGUGUAGAACCAUUGGUGAAUGGUGACCUUUCACAGCUCCUUGUAGCCCAGGAUAUUCUGUGGCUCAUUUUCAGACUACGCAUGUAGGCACUUCAUGUGUACUAAUUUGUUAUAGUAUACUAUAAAGUGUUGUUAUUAGGGGUAUGCUUCUCUGAUUCUUCCUCAUGCAAUAUUUCUAUGAAAGUCAUCAAAAUUAAUGGGAAUUCUACCAGUGUAAGGAUUUCAGGAUUAGUCCUUUGCUGAAUUAUGUACCUCCCUAAUUUUCCUUCCAGUGAAAGUGAAAUAACUAACUCCAGGCCAAGGAAUCCCAAAAAUCCACUAACCUGUCUCCCAGAAAGCUAACAAAAUAAAUAGAGAAUAUAUAUACAACACUUAUGUAAGCAAAGAUGACUUUUUCUUUAUAUUGCAAAAAAAAAAAAUCAGCAAAACAGCUAGCUGAACAAGGUAGCAAAAUUACUCUCUGGCUAGAGUAUCUUAUAUUUUAUAUAAUAUCUUGUCUGAGUUCAGGCUCUUUCAGAAGCUGGAGAUGAAAUAUUAGAAUGGUUUUGCUGCAGCCAAUGCCGGAGGUAGUGUAGAGACCAAGAAUGUGGAGGCUAACUCGUUUGUGUAGACAGACAGAAAGACUCUCUCAGGGCAAUCUGUCUGGAAUAGGGAACCAAGGGGAGGAGGCAAUAAGGGUAAUAAGAUAUUUAACUUCAUUUUGACUUCCAGUGGCACCUAGACAAUAACUGUCAUUUUACCCCUUAGAAAAUUCCUCUUCACCAUCUCCCCCUCCCUCCCCCCUGCCCCAAAUUUCUAUCGUGUAUAGGUAUAACUAGAUACAAUGCACCUUAAAAUGUAACUGGUGUAGUCAUACAUCUUAUCCAAGAUACAAAAGCCUUUCGGGGAGAUACUUUCUAACAUGAGCGUUGUAGGGGACAAGGAAGCUUUUGCUAUAGUGGCCUUUCCAAAAAAUCUGUAAUAGUACACAGUUGUUUUAUUUUAAAAGGUCACCCAUAGAGCCUUGUGAACCACUAAGUUUUUUUUGGGGGGGGGGGUUGUUUGUUUUUUACAGACGCCAUAUGGAAGUCUAAGUGAAUGGGUAUAUAAGGAAAACCUGCUGGGAAAGAAUUUAUCUUAAAUAGACCCUGUGCUACCUGCUUUUUAUCCAAAACUUGGAAGUGAGUUGCUAUCUAAUUAUUGCUUGAGCUCCUAGUUUUUCAUUUUAUUCAUUUUGUUUUGCAUUUUAACUAUAAUUUUAGUUUUUAAAAAAAGCUGCCCGUUCUGGUAGAUGUCUCUGUACUUUGUGUGGGAAUGAAAAUGGCCUAUCUCUGUCACUUCUAGCAGCAAUUAAAUGCUUAGUUUGUAUCAGAUCCAAACUGGAAUCAGUAUUUUAUUAGUAAGAUUUAGCUGACUGUCUGCUGAUUGUCAAAAAAAAAGAAAUUGUGACUUUGAAACUGACAUUCCUCUGUAACCUCAAAAAUUACCCAUUUUGGUCCUAGCAAUAUAAUAUUUUCAUUUGAUCCAAAAAGGAAUUUUGUUCCAUGGCAGCUUGCUACCAGCUUUAGGCUCCAAUAAGUUAUAUACCACAAGAAAAGAGCUAAAUACAAAAAGAGCUUUCCAGUAAGUAUGGCAUACGUUGUACAUACUACGCAGUCCCUCCUUAUAGUGAUGUGUUCUGUAGCUCAGCAUUCUGGGACAAUUUAUAGUGACAUAUAGAUUGUUCUGCAUUUGAAGGUGCUCAGGUUUCAUUUUUGGAUUUUAAUCAUUAAACUGUGGGUCAAGAGGUAUAGUACUGGAAGUACACGUUGUGUAUGUAGGGUCCAGAGACCCAUUAACCAUAAAUCCAAGAGGACUGACACUAUAUUCAGUGAGGCAGAAGGCAGGGUAGGGUGACAUCUUAUAGACUAACUUGUUUAGAGAAGCAUGAGCUUUCAUAGGCUAAAGACUACUUGUCAGACACUAUGAAAGCAACUUGCAGAGAGCAGGGGUACUACAGAGAAAGGAAUAAAUACAAUACCAAAGGUAGGGAAAGGGGCACUGCUGAGAGAGGGAAAGGUGGGUCGAAGAGAACAAAAGGGCUUAAUAAAGCAGUUAACCCAUUGAAGGACAUGGGGGUUAUGAAAGUUAGUCCAGGUAAUGGGAUAAGAAUCUAGAUGCUCUGUUGAGCCCAUACUUAAAACAAUCCAGUCUGUGGAUGAUUUCUCUUUCAAGAAUUUCCCAUUUGAGUUGAUUUUUAUAGUUUUGGUGUUUAAGGAAAGUUACUCAGUGGCCAGGUAGGGAAUAUCUCGCAAGAUUCAGGUGCUCUGCCACAGGCUUUAAUAUCUUUGUGGAACUGAUGUCAAACCAGUAUCCAUUCAGUCACAUAGGGAUUGCCCUGUCUGUCCAGAAGAGGGGCACUGUAAACUGGUGAUGGCAUGAUAUGGAAAGAAGAGUUAGUGAAUGAUGUUAUAGUCCAAGUGGUUUGUUCUAAUGAUAUUGUGGUCUGCAUUGAUAAAGCUGGCUGGAUCUGCUGCAAGACUUAGUGGCUUGGUGGGAACAGGAGUUAGGUAGUCUGGAGAGUUGCUGGAGAGAUGUUGUUUGAGAUGGGGGCUGCCUAAAAGCCAGAACAGGCUUUUCCUCCAAGGCUGUGAGAAGUGAUUCCUUACUAAAAUCUCCAAAUACUUUUCCCUAAUUUAAAGUACUCCUAGUGGUAUUUCUGAAUAUCCAGUGGCUAUGGGCACCUCUGCAAUAGCAGACUUGUAUGAUAUCUGAUUCAAAAUCCAUUGGUAACUACCCUUCAGUGUCUGUUAGAUGAGAUCUGUAAAGCAGAGAUCAAGCUACUUUGGGAUCAAACAUGCUUGAACUUUGAAAAAAUUAGUUCCAGAUUCAGAUCUGAAUUCAGCAGUCUGGACGCAUUUCUAAUAUGAAAUGCCAUUUCUGCCUUCAGUAGAAAUAUGGGCAAAAGCACACUGACACAUAUCAGAAUCUUUUAAUGGGCUUUUGAUAAAAUCCUGUAAUCAUAAGGUGUGACUGACUGACUGACUGACUGAGGAAACUCUUUUCAUCCAACCCUCUUUGCUACUCUAUUUAUAGUAAUUUUAAACUACCUGUUAAAAUAAAUAAUGCAAUAGAAAAGCAAAAAGCAACACCUAGUACAAUCAUGCUUCAAAAUUUUAGAGCAAACUUGAUGCUAUGGGUCUCACCAAUGCCUCUUUCUAUAGGGAUGCAGAGUUGAAAUGUCUAUUUUUAUUUCAAAUUGAUGUUUGCUACCUGUUUCUAUAAUGAAAACAGUCUGUUGUUCCCUGUGCACUAAAAAGUUUAUCUAUAGUUUGUCUUUCCAGCUUCAUUAAGCUAGAGCUGCUGAGAAAAACAUACAAUGCCAAACCUGUUUCUAAAGAGUAUGGUGUCAGUGGGAUCAACCCAAAAGGGCAACAUUCUACAAUAAAAGGUCAAUAUUAAUAUUGCUAAGAGGAACGUGAAUUGUUGUUAUUAUUCCCGAUACAUUUUUGUAUCUGAAAGUAUCCAAUGAGUAAUUUUAAGUAAUACUGUGUUCCAGAAAUUUGUUGGAUAUACAUAUAUAGGCACUGGACUAGCGUGAAGUAGUCUUCAAUCAAGUUGUAAAAAUUCCCUUUGUCUUGUGUUUUGUAUAAUUAUUUGGCUAUAGUCUUGUCCUAGU